CAUGAUCUUCUUGUCUGCCGUGGUCUUCUCUCUUUCCUACACUACCUUUAUCCUAUUUCUCCCCACCCAUCGGGCCUACGUCCCUAUAUUUGGACCAGAGUAUGAGCUCCGAUAAGGUACAAAUGGCCGAGGCUGGCGACAAGGCUGAAGUCCCUCCUGCGGCCGUCUCGUUCUUCGAUCCCGCUCUGAAAGCUGUUCGUCGCAGCGUGUUCUUCCAGUGGGGCCGGACAGUCUUAAUACUUUGUGUCUUCAUCCUUUGCAUCCUAUCACUAUUCUGGGCCGUACAAUUCCACGCAGAGUCUCGAUUUUCUGCUUUGACGGUUUGGGUUGUCGACUUCGAUGGCCAGCUGGAGCCCUACCGAAAUGAGACUCCAAUUGUGGGCCCGAUCGUGACAGAGGUUGUGGACCAUAUACUUGAUACGAGCACCGAGCAUCUAGGAUACACGAUCAAGUCUCCUGCGGACUUCAACAAUGACCCCUGGGCUGUGCGCCAGUCCGUGUAUGACGAGCAUGCUUAUGCAGCUGUGAUCAUCAAUGCCAAUGCCACUGCUCUUCUUCGCAACGCUGUCACCAACGGAAACUCGUCCUACGACCCCUACGGUGCGGCCGAGUUCGUCACGAUCAGUGCACGCGAUCCGACCACCUAUUACGACUACAUCAAUCCCUUUUUAUACGAUCUCGACAUGACCGUCCGGUCGUCCUUUGGACCACGCUGGAUACAGUACGUCGCUCAGCAAGGGUACAACAUCAGUCAAGUACCACAGGCCAUCAACCCAGGAAUUGGAUUUACCUCCGUUGACCUUCGACCCUUUGCGCCAGCCGUCAUAACUCCGGCCGUGAGCAUCGGUCUCAUCUAUCUGAUCAUCCUUGCCUUCUUCAACACCCCGUUCAUGAUGCCCAUACACAUUCAGUUCAUCAAGGGCAACCACCCUCCGCUGAAAAUCCCACAGUGGCUCCUAUGGCGCAUCCUGUCUAACAUUGGCACAUACUUCUUCCUAUCACUCUUCUACUCCUUUGUGUCCCUGGCCUUCCAGAUCCCGUUCAGCAACCCCUCCGCACCCGACACGCAGGUAGCCUACAACCCCAACGGCUACGGCCACGGCUCCUUCGUUGUCUACUGGAUGUUGAACUGGGUGGGCAUGUGUGCACUGGGUUUCCCAUGUGAGAACAUGGCGAUGAUUAUCGGUCUUCCUUGGAGUGCGCUCUUCCUCAUCUUCUGGGUCAUCACCAACGUGGCCACCGGUUUUUAUGCUUUGGAUCUGGCUCCAGGCUUCUUCAGAUGGGGUUACGCCUGGCCUCUUCACAGGAUUGUCGAGGCAAUUCGCACUAUUCUCUUCGAUACGCAUUCUCGGAUCGGACUUGACUUCGGUGUCCUUUUCGCCUGGAUCGGUUUCUCGAUCUGUCUAUUCCCGCUCGCUGCAGCGUUUAUGAAUUGGAAGAUCAAGCGGGGCUGGGCGUGAAAGGCUCAUGUCCUGGUUUUAGAGAUCAAAAGCAAUAGACUGUUUUGAUAUUCUUUCGGCGAGCAUAAAACUGGGUUCUAAAGCUCGGCAUUUCAUUUCUUUCUUAAUGUGAUUUGGGUUAAUAAUGGAGAUAGGCAAUGCGCCUAAGGAGGUUCGUUUCAGGUAUAUAUUUCUAUUUAUCUAUUCUAGACAGUUAUAGAGCCUUGAUGUAUCAGAUUCUAGCUUUACAUACAUUGUCAUAUUAAUAGUACCAUGGCAUGAUCGGAAUACCAGUUAUUACAGACUACUUCACUGACACCACUCUAAUCAGCCCGACAGUAAAUUAGGUUUUUAGUUCUCGUUGUCAAUGCCUGCUAGAACUAAAAUUCAUAAGAAAAAAAAAACAAAAAACGAAAAACAAAA